AUGUUUUCUAUUCGCUCUUCAUGUGACGACGAUUGUGACAAAAUCUAUGAACAGACACGAAAACUCUUUUCUGAGCAUCAGAACCAGGGACAGGAUACUCGUUUAACUCUGGAAACCUUUCGGGAUCUUCAUCGUGACUGUUUUGUCCAGUUUCGAGUUCUCACCGUGAACAAUGGCACCGAGGAAGAGGUGAUUGGGUACAUUGCUUUCACCGAGGACAUGGAUUUAAACUUUGGGGGAUGUGGCAUUUAUGUGGACCAGCUUUAUAUCUGCGAAGGAUUUCGCGGAAAGGGACAAGGACGACGUCUAAUGGAAGUGGUGAAGACUGAGGCCAGACGAGUGUCUGCUAAGUACGUGAAGCUGUUUUUCCAAAAAAACGGAGUCAGGGAAGCCAUCUACAGUCACCUUGGAUUUCACAAUGUGUCCACCUCCCAACCGUUUAUCAAGUUCUUUGAAGUCUACGGACCGAAAGACAUGAUGGCCCGAUUCAAUGUGGACGUAAAUCAACUUGUGGAGGCGAAUGUUCGCACGGUUUUCGUCAAACCUGGAAUUGAGAUGCUGAAGUACCAUGAAGCAAUAGACUCGACGGAUGGAUACGGUCAAUUGGCACUCUCCUUUAGUCUUGGUUCACAAAACGCCGAAGACAAACAUCCAGCGGCACAGUUGAUCGUCGUCAUCAAACACUCUGUCCGACUUCACUCUCUACCCGGUUUAUUUGAAACUCUUACACUUAAACGAGUGCUCUCUCAUCAGGGAAUUUCCAUUGACGACGCUCCCAUGAAACUGUGGUCGCAGAUUUCCACGUGCAAUGCCAACGAAGGCAUCACCAAUCCAGAUCUCUUCAUCUGCGCAUUCGUGGAACAGCCGAGCGUUUGUUGUUGGCUUGGACGAAUGGUGACGUUUUGCAAUUUUGUUGGUGAUCUGAGGGUGAUUUCAGUGGAUCUGCUGGUCCACCGGAUCAGGUCGUGGAGUCCGAAGUGGGGACCGGUGUUGGGAGUGAACUUCGAGAUCUCGCAGGGAGAAUCAGAGAAUACGGAGUGCACAAACCACCUCAUCGCUCUUCUCAAUUCCUUAGGUAUCCGCGAAGACGCAAGCUGGAAUUGCACAGUGCUGACGCAGGAGAAAUUCGCCAGAGAUGCUGAUGAGUGA